GCGUGCGACAACUCUGUUUACAUCUCGGAGGACACUGCCAGAAAAGGAUUGGCCCCUAAAUCUUGCGUUGAGACCUGCAUUAAUAUAGAGUAUUCAGAAGAAUCAUAGAAAUCCAAAUGGCCGAUGGUAGUCCAAGAACCGACAUCUCAAGUGAUGACACAGAUGAGAAGAAUCAGAGGUUCGACAGGGGUAAAUCUACAGCUAUUGUUGCCUAUGACUCCAGUGACAGAUCAAAGGACAAGACCGAUCAAAAGACUCUUCGCAGGCUUGCUCAAAACCGCGAGGCGGCAAGAAAAAGCCGAUUAAGGAAAAAGUAUGCAUAUGUCCAACAACUGGAGAGUAGCCGCUUGAAGCUAACUCAACUAGAGCAGGAACUCCAGCGAGCAAGACAACAGGGGAUAUUCAUAUCAAGCUCAGGAGACCAAGCUCACUCAUCUGGUGGAAAUGGGGCCAUGACAUUUGAUGUAGAAUAUGCCCGGUGGUUGGAAGAGCAAAACCGGCAAAUCAAUGAGCUGAGGUCAGCGGUGACUGCCCAUGCAGGUGAUGGGGAGCUACGUAUCAUUGUUGAUGGCAUCAUGGCACACUAUGAUGAAAUCUUCAGGCUGAAGAGUAAUGCAGCCAAGAACGAUGUUUUCCAUCUCUUGUCGGGAAUGUGGAAAACACCAGCUGAGAGAUGUUUUAUGUGGCUUGGCGGAUUUCGUCCAUCAGAACUCCUCAAGCUUCUCGUGAAUCAGUUGGAGCCGCUGACAGAGCAGCAGCUGACGGGUAUCGGAAACUUGCAGCAAUCCUCCCAGCAGGCAGAAGACGCGUUGUCUCAGGGGAUGGAAGCAUUGCAGCAAUCUCUUGCCGAGACAUUGUGCAGCGGAUCUCUGGGUUCUGCGGGUUCAUCUGGCAAUGUGGCAAAUUACAUGGGUCAAAUGGCCAUGGCUAUGGGAAAGCUAGGGACACUUGAUGGGUUUAUCCGCCAGGCUGACAACCUGCGGCAACAGACUCUACAACAAAUGAAUCGCUUAUUAACGACUCGUCAGUCAGCUCGUGCACUCCUUGCAAUUCAUGAUUAUUUCUCCCGACUUCGGGCCCUUAGUUCCCUCUGGCUUGCCCGUCCAAGAGAAUGAAGAGGUCAUGGUCUAUGCAGGCUGACAUGUACAUUGGUGAUCUUUAGGAAGCUAUCAGUUUUGAAGUAGUUUCGGACCUAGAACUGGUUUAUUUCUAGUUUUCUUCAUUUUUUUUUUCUUUUGGCUAUAAUUAUUUUUUCUUUCUUAGACACGAAGUCACAGAGAAUUGAUUGAUGGUAUGCUAAGCUAUCAUAGGUUGGGAUUGCAUUGUUCUCAUUGAAGAUACUGCUAAUUGUGUAGGCACUCCUGUUCAUUAGUCAUCUAAUAAUUGGUGCAACCAUUAUUGCAGUUUCUGGAA